UUUUGUUUCAUUCAUUUUACUGAAAUUUACUCGAAUAAAGUUGUGGAACCCGUUAGAAAAACAGAUACACCUUUGUAUCUGAGAUUUGUAUAAAAAGGUGUCCCUGCCACUGUCAGGACACACUGAGUAUCCCACUCAAGCAAUAAUCAUGCAGGUCCUCGUUCUUUUCGCUUUGAUUGCCGCAUCCCAAGCCGCCGUCCUUCUUGGAGGCGCAAGUGAACAGUACAGAAGCCAAGACGGUCUUGGAAACUACGCUUUCGGUUACAACGAAGGUCACGGCACUGGAGCUUCUUUCCGAAGGGAAUCCGGAUCUAACGGAGUUGUUGCUGGAUCUUACGGACUAACUGUUGCUGAUGGCCGUCAAAGAAUCGUCAACUACGUAGCUGAUGCUGCUGGUUUCCGAGCUGAUAUCAAGACCAAUGAGCCAGGAGUUGAACCCAAGGACCCAGCUCAUACUGCCAUCAACAAGGCUGCUGUCGCUAUCACUGCUCCAGCUGUAGCCUAUGCUGCUCCUGCACACUACGCAGCUCCUCUUGCUCCAGCUGCAGCCCUCCAGUAUGCUGCUGGUGUCCCACACGCCGGUGCCUUCGCUUACAACACUGCCAUAGGACAUCAUGGACUUGCUCACCAUGGACUCGCUCACCAUGGCUAUUAUUGGUAAAAAGAUAAUGUCUGACUUUCCAGGGACUAUGUCAUUAGGAAUUCAAUGUAUGUGCCAUGUUAUUAAGGUGCUUUGACUUUGUUUGCUCAAGUGGUGUUACGCUUUUACAAAUUGUGUAAAAUUCUAGGGAAAUAAAUAAAUUUUUAUAAAUGUUAAAAAUA